AUGGUCAUUCAUGUGCCCAUUACCAGUGCCAAGGAAGGGAGGCAAUCAGAGGACGUUAGUUGUUGGUCUGCCUUCCAUAUUCAAUUUGGAAGGCUCCAACCUCUUCGCCUUCACUUACUUUUUGAGUGGAACUGUGCAGUUUCCAGCAACAGCAUUGCUGCUGCUAUUAUUAGUUUUAGUGAGGGUGGAGUACCGCCCUCACCAGUCGUUGAUUCAACACAGACUUUACAAGGCUUCCUUGCCUCGGAGCCUCGACAUCUCGGUGCCACAGAAUUGAAGGUUGAAAUUCCUCGAGGCACCGCUCUGCCACAUGUUCCAGACUUGGCUCUAACGGGACCAAUGGCAGUGAUGGAUGCAGAGGGCUUGUCGGAACCAACAACGGAGGCAUCCGAAACGGUGACUGCUGUAAUUCACGCGGUUGGUGAGAUGGAGGCUCGAUUAACUCGCCAACGCCAUCCCACUGUCACGCUCUUCAUUGUAGAGGCUUUAACCCUCGCCCGGGAUGGCGGCAUCCUGGAUUGGGAUGAUCGUGUCUGUGAUGUGUUGGAUGACAGGGAGUUGGUGAGUUGUGAAACAGUAAUUUGCCCUCAUUUGUCACUUCUGGAAUGUUUAGAAGGGGAUUUAGACUUAGCUAAGGUGAUGUGA